AUGGUUAAUAUGGUCAGUAUAAUACCGCCAGCCUCGUCUGAGAAAGCAAAAGAUGUGUUCAUACAUACGACGAUUUGGGCGUUUCGUACGAAAGAAUGGUAUUUUCCGAAGACGAGAGAUCUCUCGAGUCAAAAUCAACAUGUACUGACACUGAACCUUCUCACGAACUGAACGAUUGCUCAACGAUUGCUGCCGAUGGGAGGAGAACAGGGAUAAAAAGAGGCUCGAGCAAAAGGGAACAUGGACGUAUGGCCGACCAUCAGCUGGAAGAAGAUCAUUUAUGCCAAGAACGGGCUUAUGAGCUUGAAAAAAUGAGAGAAGAAGAGCUGCUUUCCUUCAAAGAUUGGCAUCGUCGAAUUAAAGCCGCCCGACUCCGAGGAAACGCGCGGCAAAGAAAGACAAAACGUGAACAGGAUGAGCAGAAAGCGAUGGAGGCGGCCCGAUGCUUUGCGGAACCAAUUCGUCCAAAACCACCAUUACCAAAGAAAUUAGUUAGUCUUUAG